AACAUUUCCAUUCCUGUUCCCAAACCAACAAACUCAACUCCCCAAAAAAUUCUAUACCUUUGUUGAAUUUGUUGGUUGGCCGCCGGCUGGCAGUGCGUCAAUUGGUUUUCAUACACAUUCGUAUUUAAAGUAUUUGUUGGCCGUUUUUGUCCAUUGUAUGACUGGGUGCAUUAGUAAAACUUUGUCUUGUUUGGAAUUUUUUGUUUUUUCUUAUUGGCUCUUGGUACGAGCUCGCGUGUGUAUAUAAAUAUGUGUGUGUGCAUUAAUCGCUAACACUUCGUCGAUCUCAUCUAAGCUGCUAAGUUGCUCUUUCUUCCCGUUGUUGGUUGUUGUACGUACAUACAUUUGGAGCUAAACUCGAGCCUAUCGACCGCCGGACUAUCAGUGCUUCAGUGGGUUUUUUUGACAGCGGGGACUACUUUUGCACUGCAUUGCAUAAAAAGUAGUUCAGUGGAGUGAACGGCUUCAGCAAGUGAGUGUCGCGCGUCAGUGCUGCUAAGUAGUGAAGCUUUAAGCCGCUAAAAUAUAUUAUAUUAAAUAAUAACGGUGCUAAUAUAAAACACACUAUUCGAGUGAAACCAAGUGGUGUGUUUUAAAGUUAGAGAGGAGUAUUUUGAGCGAAGCAAAAAAGGAUACGAAUAAAAGCAACAGUAAAUAGAUUGGAUUAACCAUUUUUUCACGAUGACGAGCACAACAUCGCCCAUUCAACGCUUGGCUGCUGCCGCUAUGUUCUUAUUGCUCUUCAGCCAUGUGAACGGCAACGGCUAUCAUUACGAUCCACCCGCACUGACAUCAGCGCCAUCACCCUCUGCACCCAGCAGUAAUUCUGGCCAUUACUUUGCACCCAUCCCAACAAUAGCGCCAUUACCACCAGUUCCUGCUCUGCCCGCAUUGCCCACCGGUCGCCCUCAAGUUCAGACACUCUUUCCUACUGGACAACCCGCACGCCCACCGGUUCAGACAAUCGUUCAAGUGCAUACAGCUACACAACAUCCGCCGAAGCCAGCACCGCCACAACCGCGUCCACCCACCUUCCGUCCAGGCCCAUUCAACACUUUCGCCGGUAAUUAUCGCGAACCGAGCUUUGAGUUGCGUCCUGGUUUCGUAAAUCGCAAUGCUGCACCAGGUCCCCAACAACAACAAGCUCCACCACUUGUCGGUUUCCAUUAUCCCGCCACUGCCGUUUCAGCGCCAUCUGCACCGGGACGUUUUGUGCCUGCUUCACUGCAACAGGCAGCGCCACAACCACUGCGUGUGCCAUUCGGCAAACAGCCGGUACUUAAUUAUGCCACAGGACCUGAUAGUGAUUUCUAUGUCGUUAAUGGCCGUCAGUUGAAGCAAUACGCCGUAGUAGAGUUCGUCGACAAUGACAUCUCGCAGGACACUAAGCCGUUCCUCUCGCAAUCCUUUGUCAACAAUUAUCGCGCACAAGUGGGUGCUUCCGGCACUGGCGCUAUUGCACCACUACCUUCUGCCAUGCAACUGGAUACGACGGCCAAUGCAAUUUUGCGCGAGCAACUGCGCUUAGCACAGCAGGGUGGUAGACCACGUGGUGAUACCAUCGCAUUGGGUUCGGGGGGCAUCGGUUUUGUACGUCUGCCCGAUGGCACUGUGUCUUUGGGCUCUGGUUCGCUGAACUUUGUAACCACACAACAACACUUGGCUGACCUUAGAAACGCGCGCACUCGCUCGGAAUCACAGCGCGAUCCACUGCACUUCGGUCAUGGGCCACUAGAGGAUCCAAACAACCGCAUCCUUUUCAAGUGAACAUCCGCAAUUUUAUUAAUUUUAUUUGAUUAUUUUUAAUGAUUUUUUUGUAAAAUAUUUUGCUGCCAACUUUAGAUUUAAGUUAUAAAGAUAUAUAAUAGCAAGUUUCUAUAGCUGACACACCUACGAAGAUUAUGUACACACAAAUGUAUAUAUGUACCUAUGAGUAAAUAAAUUAAUUAAUAAAAAUACAGUUAAAAAAAUAUUAAAUAAAA